CCCUGCCUUGGGGGGGGGGGGGGUUCCCGCGUGUCCCCGGGUCCUGCGUGGGGUGUCCCCCCCUCCCGCGCUAUUCCCCCCGCUCCCUUUGCUCCGCAGGCGCUCGGAAGCGGUCCCGGGGCUGAACCGCCCCCCCCGGCGAGGACGUGGCGUGGCACCGUGUUUGGGUUGUGGUUUUUUUUUUUUUUUUUUUUUCCAGCGGGUUUUUAUCAUUAUCUCCAUUUUUCUUAUUUUUCUUUUUAAUUAUUUAUUUUUAAUCCCCCCCUCCUCCGGCCUGACCGGGGGGCUGCGGGAUGGGGGCCCGGGAGCCGCCCCUGCUCUCCCUCCCCGGGGGCCGCCGCCAGCGGUAGGUGCCCACCCCCCCCCCACCUCCCUGGGGGGCUCCCCCCCCCCCCCCCCCCCCCAGCUAUGGGGCAGGGUGCCGUGGGGGCGGCCGGGGCGCUGAGCCUGGCCGGGGCGCUGAGCCUGGCGGGGGCGCAGGCAGCCGGGACCCCGCUGUCGCUGGACCUGGGGGGCACCAUCCCUCCCGGGGGGGAUGCUCUGAGCCACGGCCGGGGCCUGGACUGCUGGGAGGUGCGGAAACACAACAGCUCCGAGUGGUGCCGCUUCAUCCGGAGCAACCCCGACUGCCGGCUGGAGGGCGGCUUCCUCGACUACCUCCAGGGGGUCUUCUGCGUCUUCCCCCCCCGGCUGCUGCCCCUGGCAGUCACCCUCUACGCUCUCUGGCUCCUCUACCUGUUCAUCAUCCUCGGCGUGACGGCGGAGAAGUUCUUCUGCCCCAAUUUAUCGGCCAUCUCCACCAACCUGAAGCUGUCUCACAACGUGGCAGGUGUCACCUUCCUGGCCUUUGGCAAUGGGGCACCAGACGUCUUCAGCGCUGUGGUGGCUUUCUCUGACCCGCGGACGGCGGGGCUGGCCAUCGGGGCCAUCUUUGGUGCUGGCGUGUUCGUGACCACAGUGGUGGCCGGGGGCAUCGCCCUGGUCAAGCCCUUCACGGCCGCCUCCAGGCCCUUCCUCAGGGAUGUCAUCUUCUACAUGGUGGCCGUCUUCCUCACCUUCAUGGUCCUCUACUUCGGUAGGAUCACGCUGGGAGAAGCUCUGGGUUACCUGGGGCUCUACAUCUUCUAUGUCUUCACUGUGGUGCUCUGCACCUGGAUUCACCGGCGGCAGCGGGGGGAAGGCCUGCCCCCCCCCGGAUCCUGGGAGCCAGAGAUGCCGACAGACACUGAAGAGCGGGAGUCCUCGGGCACCAACAGUGGGGACUACGGCGAGGAGUACCGUCCCCUGCUCCCCUCCCAGGAGACCUCCCUGCGCAUCCUCACCACCGCCCUCAGCCCCUUGGACUACCGCAAGUGGAGGAGGAAGCCGUGGUACUGGCGCGUCUUCAAGGCCUUCAAGGUGCCGGUGGAGCUGGUGCUGCUGCUCACCGUUCCCGUGGUGGACCCUGACAAGGACGACCUGAACUGGAAGAGACCCCUCAACUGCCUGCACGUCCUCACCAGCCCCCUGCUCUGCGUCCUCACGCUGAAGUCGGGCACCUAUGGGCUGUACCAGAUCCAGGGUGUCUUCCCAGUCUGGGGACUCAUCAUGCUGGUUGGCUCUGUCCUGGCCAUCAUCAUCUUCAUCACCACAAGCAAUGAGGAGCCACCCAAGUACCACUGCGUAUUUGCCUUCCUUGGGUUUUUGGCCAGUGCCAUGUGGAUCAACGCCGCGGCCACGGAGCUGGUGAACAUCCUCCGGACCCUGGGCAUCAUCUUCCAGCUGAGCAACACUGUGCUGGGCUUGACGCUGCUGGCCUGGGGCAACAGCAUCGGUGACACCUUCUCCGACCUCACCAUGGCACGGCAGGGCUAUCCCCGCAUGGCCUUCUCCGCCUGCUUCGGGGGCAUCAUCUUCAACAUCCUGGUCGGCGUGGGACUGGGCUGCCUGCUGCAGAUGACCAGCAGCCAGCUGGUGGUGAAGCUGGAGCCCGACAGCCUCCUGGUCUGGAUCCUCGCCAGGGCCCUGGGGCUGAGCUUGGUCUUCUCCUUCGUGUCGGUGCCGGCACAGUGCUUCCAGCUGGGCAAGGCCUAUGGCGUCUGCCUCAUCCUCUACUACCUGGCCUUCCUCUGCGUGGCCCUGCUGACCGAGUUCAGGGUGAUCCGUCUCUCCGCCGCCUGACCGGCCCCGCCGCUGGCAGGAGAUGCGCAUCCAUCCCCGGCUCUCCCUCUGCCUCCCCCCCGGAUUGGGCCCCCCUGCCAGGGGGACAAGGACACCCCAACCUCAACUGCCACCCCGUGCCGGAGGCAUCUCAGGCUUUGCUUUCCAGGACGAGGGUUGGUUGGUUGUGCUUUGGGAAAGGAGCUGUUGGUCGUUAGCUGCAUCCUCUCCCUGCUGUUUAACCUGGUUUAACUCAAGGUGGCUCCGAGGAGCGAGGUUAAGACCUUGGCUUCCUCCGGUCCUGGUGGCAGGGGCAGAGGAGAUGGUGGCUCCAGCCCAGGGUGAGCCACAGGAGAGGUUUUACCUCUUCAACCGCUUUACUUGCCCCUGCCCGUCUCCAUCCUGGCCGCUGUGGGCCAGGGCCGGGCCAGUCGUGCUACGGUGGGAUAAGUGGGAAGGUCCGAGCACAAGUUUGUCACUGCAAAAGGACGUGACGUGUUCACACCGCGGGUGGGAAACAGCAGCCGGGGUGAAGCGAGGUGGGGUUAAGGUGUGACAGAGCUCCAGGGCAGCGCUUGGUUUUAAUGCAAGCAAAGCCGGAGGGGGGAGAAAAAAAGAAAGAAAAAAACCCCAACAACCAAACAAACCAAGGGAGGCUGGUUUCCCCUGCUUUUUUAAGUGAUGUUUUUCAACCUGAGUUUCAGAUCCUACUUUUCUCCUCCUCCUUGGGCAGACGGAGCUGUAGGAAAGGAGUUGGAGGUUUCCACACGCAGUGUGACCUCUGGCAAAAAGAAAAAAAGGAAAAAAUUCCAAUAAAAAAAACCAAACACAAACCCAACCUCGA